CGAGUUCGAGCCGGAGCGUAGAGGAUUUUCACCGGCGGUGAUGGACGGCGGCGAGGAGUUCAGCGGGAAGAGCGCCUAUGAGGUGCUCGGGGUCUCGGAGUCCUGCUCCGGCGCCGAGAUCAAGGCCUCUUUCCGGAGACUCGCGAAGGAGACCCAUCCCGAUGUCUUGGCUUCUCCCGAUGACUCCACUUUCCUUGAAAUCCUCGCAGCUUAUGAGAUUCUUUCCGAUUCUGAGAAAAGAGCAUGCUAUGACAGGUAUCUGCUUUCUAGGAAGGAGAUUCUUCUGAAGAAAUCGGAGCUUGGUUCAGCUAUGUAUAUGUUUAAUUCAUCCUCAACGAUGAGAAAGCAAAUUGAGGCCGUGGAAUGGUUGAAGUGGUAUAGAUCUGUUAUUAAUGACAUUGUUAACCAGAAGAAGGUUGUCGCUGGAACUAGUUAUUUAGAUAGACUUGAGAAUGAAUUUUAUUCAGCAAUUUGUGCUGCAUAUUAUGGCCCAUUUAUUGAGUCAAUGGACCUUCUUCCAGAUUGUUUUGAAGCUGAGGAGAGGUCUGUGUAUGAUACUCCUGAGGUGUUGCACUUGGUUUCAGGACGUGACCAUUUUGGAACUGUUAAUAUAGUCGAUAAGGUUCCUGAAUUGCCAUCCAUUUAUCAUGAGAAACUUAGUCAUUUUCAUUCCACUGGUUCUAGAUUAUCUAAACAUGCCAAUGAGAAAACCACAGGACAUAAUUUUGUAUCUACAAACAGGAUGAUCAACGAUAAUCUUGUAAGUCAAGGAAGCGAUAAUUUGUCAGAUGCUUAUAAAGAUCUUGAACUACAUAUUUCAGGACGAUUUGUUGCCAUGGCUACAAGAGAUCAUCCAAAAAGUAAAGAGGCUAUUCAACAGAAAUUAGAUUUGGAGGACCAUAUCAAUGUAUAUGUUGCUCUUAGUGAAUACAACACAUACAUGAGUGAGAGAACAUCAGUACAGUUUGAUUCUGCUCAUUCUUUGAGAUCAAGGAUCUUGCUGGGAAGAAUUAGUGGUUUAGGAACCAGUGCAGAAGAAGGAUAUUGCUCCAUUUAUGACAGAAGUGGGACGAAGACUCAUUUGAUCAUGAAGCAUAGGACAUUAAUGGUGAAUCAUAUGCAUUGGUAUCAAGCGGGUCAUGAAGUAUCAGUCUGCGAAUGCAGAUGUAGCAGAGCUCGCUUACCACCUAGCAAAUUUUGGCUUUUUGAGCCGCGAUGUAGUUUGCAUGACAUUGGUGGCUGGUAUAUUGAGACAUUUGGUCGAGACAAGAAAGGCAGGACAGUCCUUUCUCAAAGAAAAUGGGAUAGCAUAACCGAACAUUCAGAAAAGAGACUACAUCCUGCGAUGUAUUUGAUGGCUCUUGCGUAUAGAACUCUAGAUCUUGAAGAGGCAAAAAGGAGGAAAAUAACAUUUAGGAGUGUUCUGGAACCAAAACUAAAUAAUAUUCUUCAGUGGUGUAAGAAGCUUUUGUGACUGGUUGUACUACUGUACAUAUACCUGGUACACUGAUUUGCCUUUGCUGCUGAUAAGAAGUCCACCCUUUCACUAAAGAAAAGAUGGAGAGAUAUUAUUACAAUUCAAUGGUGUCUCGCUUUCUGGUUUCAACAUGAGUGUUACAGAGUGUUAGCUUGAAGUAAAGAAGUUACUGUUAUGGAAACCAGUAACAGAAGCCUGAUUGAUCAUCAGUCCUUGGUAUCUUGAAAGCUUAGAAAUAUUAUGGAUGAUCUACUAAUCUUUUGAUGUUGAUACCAAUGAAGGGUGCCUUUUCAAUAUGUAAGCCAUGUAAUCUCCUGUGAAAGGUUUGCCAUCCGGCAAUCAGCAUGUUGCUGUCACAAAUCAGAAUGUUACAUGGUUCGACAAAUGCCAAAAGAGAGUUCGAUUGCUUACGGGGACAUAUUGAUGCUUGGUGGAUUGAAUAACAGAAAAUAAAACACACUGAUAUGCUUACUAUGACUAAGAUCAGCAUCGUGGUCGGAAUGUCAUUGGCAGACGCAGUUAAAAUCACCAAAAUAAAAUUGAGCACUUGAUACCUUCAGCUGUUGUUUUGAAAGCAUUGUCUAUUUGCAAGGUGGUGUCAUUGCUGUAUCUUGCUUCUAUGCUAAAUGCUCUGGAAGAGGCAUGAGACUCCCAGCUUCAUAGUGCCAUUUAUGUACCAUUUUUCCCCCCCAAAUGAGCAGUUAGGCCACUUAAAAGGCAAGGCCGUGCAUAAUCUUUGGUAGAGUUGGCAAAGCUAAGGUCCACGUAUAUGCAGGCACUGGAAUCACCUGUCCACAACCAAUACUCACAUUUCCAAAAAUAUUCUUUUAUUCGCGGAUUGAACACUUUUCAUUUAUGAAGCGUUCUUGCUGGGAUCGGGGUACCAAUUGAUCUCUCAGUUAUUGGUACAA